GGGCGGGGAGAGAGCCAGAGGAGGCGGCGAACUCCGGCAGCGCUGCAGAGGGGGGCAGGAGCUCCGGGGUUUGGUACCCCCAGCUCCACCGCUGCGGCAGCAGGGGACACAGACAACCAGUUUCCUUGUUCGAGUGGCCCAGGGCCUCUCCAAGUUCCCACCAUUCUGGAGACAGCCACAUUCUUCUAAACUGCCACACCCCCACGCGGUGCUGGGGACCCGACCCGGCUGGCGGGAUGGCGGCAGGCGUGGCCACGUGGCUGCCGUUCGCGCGGGCCGCUGCGGUGGGUUGGCUGCCCCUGGCCCAGCAACCCCUGCCCCCGGCCCCGGGGGUGAAGGCGUCCCGUGGGGAUGAGGUUCUGGUGGUGAAUGUCAGCGGCCGGCGCUUUGAGACCUGGAAGAACACCCUGGACCGUUACCCGGAUACACUACUGGGCAGCUCUGAGAAGGAAUUCUUCUACGAUGCCGAUUUGGGCGAGUACUUCUUUGACCGGGACCCCGACAUGUUCCGCCACGUCCUCAAUUUUUACCGCACGGGCCGCCUGCACUGCCCACGGCAGGAGUGCAUCCAGGCCUUCGACGAAGAGCUGGCUUUCUAUGGGCUGGUGCCCGAGCUCAUCGGCGACUGCUGUCUGGAGGAGUACCGGGACCGCAAGAAGGAGAAUGCCGAGCGCCUGGCGGAGGACGAGGAGGCCGAGCAGGCCAGCGACGGGCCCGCGCUGCCUGCGGGCAGCUCCCUGCGACAGCGGCUCUGGCGGGCCUUUGAGAACCCACACACGAGCACGGCGGCCCUGGUCUUCUACUACGUGACCGGCUUCUUCAUCGCCGUGUCUGUCAUCGCCAAUGUGGUGGAGACCAUUCCGUGCCGGGGCCCCACUCCGCUGCCCCCCCGGGAGCAGCCCUGCGGAGAUCGCUUCCCCUUGGCCUUUUUCUGCAUGGACACGGCUUGCGUGCUCAUAUUCACGGGCGAGUACCUACUACGGCUCUUUGCCGCCCCGAGCCGCUGCCGCUUCCUGCGGAGCGUCAUGAGCCUCAUCGACGUGGUCGCCAUCUUGCCCUACUACAUUGGCCUCUUCGUGCCCAAGAAAGAAGAUGUCUCAGGUGCCUUCGUCACCCUGCGUGUGUUCCGGGUGUUCCGCAUCUUCAAGUUCUCCAGGCACUCACAGGGCUUGCGGAUCCUGGGCUACACACUCAAGAGCUGUGCCUCUGAGCUGGGCUUUCUCCUCUUUUCCCUUACCAUGGCUAUCAUCAUCUUCGCCACCGUUAUGUUUUACGCAGAGAAGGGCACAACCAAGACCAACUUCACUAGCAUCCCUGCCGCCUUCUGGUAUACCAUAGUGACCAUGACCACCCUUGGCUAUGGAGAUAUGGUACCCAGCACCAUUGCUGGCAAGAUUUUUGGAUCCAUCUGCUCCCUCAGUGGUGUGCUGGUCAUUGCCCUACCUGUGCCAGUCAUUGUAUCCAACUUCAGCCGCAUCUAUCAUCAGAACCAGCGUGCGGACAAGCGUCGAGCCCAGCAGAAGGUGCGCCUGGCAAGGAUCCGCUUGGCAAAAAGUGGCACCACCAAUGCCUUCCUGCAGUACAAGCAGAAUGGGGGCCUUGAGGGCAGUGGCAGCAGGGAGGAGCAGGCACUGUGCUUCAGGAACCGUUCUGCCUUUGAGCAGCAACAUCAUCACUUGCUUCACUGUCUGGAGAAGACGACGUGCCACGAGUUUGCAGAUGAGCUAACUUAUAGUGAGGCACUGGGCACCAUGUCGCUGGGUGGCCGCACUAGCCGCAGCACCUCCGUGUCCUCACAGCCCAUAGGGCCUGGGAGCCUGCUUGCCUAUUGCUGCCCCCGCAGGGCCAAGCGCCGUGCCAUCCGCCUCGCCAACUCCACCGCCUCGGUCAGCCGUGGCAGCAUGCAGGAGCUGGACACAUUGGCAGGGCUGCGGAGAAGCCCUGUGCCUCAGAGCCGCUCAAGCCUCAAUGCCAAGGCCCAUGACAGCCUUGAUCUAAACUGCGACAGCCGGGACUUUGUGGCUGCUAUCAUCAGUAUCCCGACGCCUCCUGCCAACACCCCAGAGGAGAGCCAGCCUUCCUCCCCUGGAGCUGGAGGCAGGGCCAGGAGCACCCUCAGGAAUUCCAGCCUGGCUACCCCUUGCCUUCUACCUGAGACUGUAAAAAUCUCUUCCCUUUGAUGGCUGAGCCCACCCACCCAGAGAACCCUCUCCAUUAUGGAAGAUUCCUUUCCAAAGCCAUAUUUUGGGGGAAGCCGAGAGGGGCAGGGUGAGGACCUCUUCUAUCCCCCGCUGAGAACUAUGCAAUGGAUUUUCAUGGGAGGGGCCCAUCUAGUGGGGAAGUCAAGGGGUGAAGGAAACUUCUCCCAACCUCGUUUGCCUGGUACAGGCUCAAGGGCUGGGCUCCCUAAGUCCCCUGGCCUCCUGGCUUAGCAGAUUGGCUCUGGCCCCUUUUACCCCUGGCUGGCCACCUGCAUGCUCCUCCCUGUGGGCUGUGGAGGCUUAGGGGUCCAGAGAAUUCUCACCUCUUACCUGGCCUCUGGGAGAGAUUCCCACCCUCCACCAGGUCCCGCACUUCCCAGAUUUCCAAAGCUUGGAAUGCAACCCAAGGUUCCAUGAGCUGUGACCUCAGCAGUGACGUACCACCUCCGACCUUGACUGAAGGGUCAGGCUGCCUUUCCCAACACAUACAAAUAGCACAAACACCACUCCCUUCCUUGCUGCUGGAAAUGGGUCUCUGCCACCCCAUCCUUUUGCUGGGCCCCCAGCAAAUUCUAGCAAUAGCAGCUGCUGCCGUGACAUUAUGCAAAGCCUCUGCCAGUUUGCUGCAGCCUUUACAUCUGCCCUAAUCAGAGGUGCCGUAUCUCAUUCCUCUCUCCUCUCAGGUUUGCUUCUGUGCUGGGUUGGGCUGGAGUCUGGACUCACUGUGAUAAGAACCUGGCAAGCCAGCAUAAGCUGGACUGUGUUUGGAGAUUGGGGCUGAUGCCAUGUUUUCAGGCAGGAGUUAAGAAGUAUCAAGGGCUAAGGCCUGACUUGUUCUUGAACUUGGAGAGUUUGAGGAGUCAGGAUGAACUUCUUGGCCACCUCUUCCUCUCCCAUCAUUCAUUCUCACAUUUUUCUUCUCUCACUCUUGGGUCACCUUCCAGAGCCCUAUGUCUGCCUCAGGCUGAAAUCUAGCAUCAUCUCAGGUUCCCUGUCCUCUGAACUGUCCCCCUGGAGCUGGUGGCUGACAAAGCUCUAAUUUCCGUCAUCAA